AUGGGGUAUCUCACCAAGCACGGGAGAGAAACAGAAAAUGUCCCUGCGAACAUAGCGCUGCGAGUGGCGCGCAGCGUGCGGGCCGCAGUCUGCAACCGGCGCGCCAUCUCUGCGCCCAACGCGCCCUGCCCGCUGCGGCCCUGGGGACUGCGGGCGGGCGCCGUCCGGGAGCUGCGCACCGGCCCCGCUCUGCUGUCGGGUCGUAAAUUCACAGACAAACAUGAAUGGGUAACAACAGAAAACGGUGUUGGAACAGUGGGAAUCAGCAAUUUUGCACAGGAAGCUUUGGGAGAUGUUGUUUACUGUAGUCUGCCUGAAGUUGGGACAAAAUUGAUAAAACAAGAGGAAUUUGGUGCUUUGGAAAGUGUGAGAGCUGCUAGUGAACUCUAUUCUCUAUCAGGAGAAGUAACUGAAAUUAAUGAAGCUCUAACAGAAAAUCCAGGACUUGUCAACAAAUCUUGUUAUGAAGAUGGUUGGCUGAUCAAGAUGACACUCAGUAACCCUUCAGAACUAGAUGAACUAAUGAGUGAAGAAGCAUAUGAGAAAUACAUAAAAUCUAUUGAGGAGUGAAAAUGGAACCCCUAAAUAAACUAGUUUGAA